AUGAGGAACAGGGACGCGCCUGAGAAUCGGGAUGGAGGGGGGACAAACCGAAGACCGUGGGAAAAGGAACGAGAGAACGACAAAGAAAAGCGCGAUUAUUCGAAUCCGACAGUGACCUGCGCCUGUCCCUGCUUCCGAAGCUGUUUUUUUUUUUUUUUCGUUCCCCAUUCCCCUUGCCUACUGCUACCUUAUCGUCAGGGAUCUGGUACUUGGUCUGACUUACUGAGGAGAGGGAACGGAUUCCUACCGGCUUUUGUCCCGCAUUGUGAUUUUUCCAUUUACCUACUCCGAGAAUAUUACUACGUCUUUGUUCCACUUUCUCGACCUUUCUCUCAACGCAUUUUCGACUCCAUCACAGGAAUUCGACUCGAGAUAUUGGGUGCCGGGAACCAAUCACAAACAGGUAUGUUUCCGCUAUCCAACGCGUCUUUUACCUCUCUCUCUAUCUCUCUUUUCCUCUCUAUGGGUCUAUUCCAAAGAUACGAACACGGUUCGUUUUUUCCCCUUAGAAACAAAAAAAAAACUGUUUCCGUUGUACUUUUUUCCUUCUUUCUUUUCUAUCUUAUUCUUUGCCCGUUCCUGUCGCCUCAGGCCGAGACCAACCAACCCUGCCGUUUACCAUUGUACCUGGUCAUAGUCAUUAGCGAGGAAAGGUACCUUGCAUGCCGUCAUUCAAGACGUCUUGUUGCCCGUCGGUCAAUUGAAUUGAAGCACCCCUCCUCCUCCACUUGCCCCGACUCGUUGGACCCCUCCACGUUCCCGCCACGAGCUGUUGUCCAUCUCGCAUCGUGCCCGCACGGCGCCUUCCAGUCCCAAUCCGAUCAAGAACAGCCGGCGGCGGCGACAAGCACGGAAGACAACGGACAAGUGCUUGGCUGGGACCAGCGACGGCAAGCCGCAAAUGGGGUCAUUGGGAAUACCUACCUCGCAAGCAAUUUGUUGCACCCCAGGAAGCAAGAGCAAGAGGCAACGCCUGCUGCUGGUGCCCCUCACCUUCCCUCGUCCCCCCGUUCACCCCCCGUUCCCCGUUCCGCUCCUACCUUGCCUCUUCCCAUUUGCUGUGUGUAA